UUAGAAGCCUAUAAAUCCUCCUCUAUCUAACCACAAAAAACAGAAAGAACCAUAGAUUAUCAUUAUGCCUUUAAUUUAAUGAUCAAUCUGAGAGAUAAGGCCGAUACAUUUGCUUGAUCGUCCGUGUUUCUUCAAGGCCAAUGGAGUUUCUGGGAACACAAUCAACUGGGGCUAUGGCACCCAAUUUAUGAUCAUUAAACUAGCUGGAAUUAUGUCUCCAUGACCAUCUUGACCUGCUCGAAAAUGGCGUAUAUACACUUAAAACAUCCGAGUUCCAGUGCUGAAACGGUAGGUACAGUUGCCUCCUCGCGUCCUGGUUUUUGGUUUUAUGCUUGUGAUGCCCCACUUCAUGUUUUUCAUAGGCAAGGUAAACCCACAAGAACAACAAAGAUUCACUUCAAUAUUUCAAGGGAUGCUCUGUCAUACUCAUCCCUGUUGCUAUUGAAACUCAGCAGAAGCCUCAAAGAAACCAAUGGGUCAAAACACCCAAAAAAGUAUAGUUCUAGGGCUUCUGAUACCAAUGCCACUCUUGCAAUGCCUGUGCAUCAGGAGGAUCUCGCCAAUAAAAUCUACGAAACUAUUCAACAGAAUGAUAAGUGGGAGGACGUGAUGACCCUCGAACCCCAAGACCUAGAACCUAAUCUGGUGGUGAAGGUGCUUAACCUCCAAGCCAGAGCCCAAAAUGCUCUGAGGUUUUUCAAUUGGGCAGAUAGACAGGAGGGCUAUGAACACAACACAGAUGCCUAUUACACCAUCCUUAGUAUCCUGGGUAGAGCAAAGAUGUUUGAUGAAAUGCUCUCCAUUUUGAGGAAAAUGAGAUCAGAAGGAUGUGAGAUUACUAAGAGCAUGCUUAAUAGCAUCGUCAACGCAUAUGGAAUGGGUGGAAAACUUCAAGAGACACAGGAAACCUUCAAUUUGAUGGAGGAGCUUGGGCACAAGCCCAGCCUUAUUGCCUACAACUCUCUCCUGACGGCUCUUAUGAAACACAAAAUGUUUGACAAGGCAGACAAUGUGUUUACCAAAAUGGCUCACGAUGGGGUUCCUCUAAACAGGCUAACAUACACCUUAAAAAUUCAGUUACUAUUCGUGAAAGGAAAUAAGGAAGCUGCUUUGGAUACUCUAAAUGAAAUGGUCUAUGAGGGCUGCGCUCCUGAUGUGGUGACUUUUACCAUAGUUAUUUCUUACCUCUGUAAGCUGGGGGAGAUAGAACAUGCUUAUGAAGUAUUUAGAAAAAUGCAUGCAUACAAAUGCGAGCCAAACAUUUACACUUACAAUUCUCUAAUAAAGGGUCUCUUCAUUGUUGGAAGAGCAGAGGAUGGUUUACAACUGGUGAAUACAAUGGAACAGGAAGGUUUGGUACCCAAUAUUUACACAUACACAGUUCUAAUAGAUGGUUUAUGUAAGGCAGGAAACUUGGACAGGGCAAACGAGAUAUUUCAAGAAGCUUUGACAAGGGGGCUAAAACCUAACACUGUAACGUACAAUGCACUGAUUGGUGGACAUUACCGGAAUCGCAGGUGGGAUGAAGCUACUGAUAUCUUUAAAGUGAUGCAGGAGAAUGGUUGUAGGCCUGAUUCUAUCACAUACAACUACUUGAUUCGGGGGCUUGUGAAAAGGGAACGAAUUCCAGAGGCCUUAAGUAUCUACAAUGAAGCGACAGAGAAAGGAUUUAAGAUGAACUUCCUGUCACUCUACGGCCUGGCCCGAGGACUUAACAGGAUUGGUAACCACAAGGAUGCAAGUAUAUUUUUCAGAAGACUGAAAGAGGUUGGUCAUCCUUUUGAUGCAAAUGAUUACUUUCUAGGAGUAAUGUCACAUUCAACAGUAGGGGCUAUGGAUGAUGCUGUUGGCCUUCUUCAUCAGAUGAUUUCUAGAGGCUUUACUCCCAACCUUACGACUUACAACAUGGUCAUCAAGGGUUUUUGCAGACAGGGAAGAUUGGAAGAUGCAAGUGCAAUUUUAAAUUUCAUGAUAGAAAAUAACACAGCUCCAAAUCCAGACACUUACAAUAUUUUGAUUAAUGAAUUUCUCAGGCAGAAAAGGACUGAAGAUGCAGAUCAACUCUAUCUGUCAGCGCUGGACAGGGGUGUGCUUCCAAGUCGAAAGAGAGAUGUCUAUCUUCAAGUUUGACAAAUUUCCAUCAGAUUUGCUUGGAGGCCAGGAGGUGUUUAUUUGUAUUUUUGGUACAUAGGGACUAGUGUUCUAUAUUCUAACUUGCCUCCUCUACCAAUCAAUGAGCGGGUUUUCCCUGCUCAAAAUGGACAUGGAGAUGAGUGUCCUUGGUGAAUAAUAGCUGGUAAUACCUCCAAAGGAACUUACACCAUUCCUUGGGACUGAAACUUGUCUGUCAUGUCUGUUAUUUCAAGGAAAUAUUUGAUCAUUGCUUUAUCCUCUUUUGCAAAUUUGCAUCAUAAAAAUUCAUUUACUUUAUCUUCUGAAGAGGAAAUUAUCUCCUUAUGACCAGUUGAGUUUCUGACUGCAAAGAAAUCUUUUUUCGCUACUUUCAGUUGUAAUUCUGGAAGACGACUUGUAAAACAUUGAUUGGCUUGUCCAUACAUUAAAACAAGGCAGUCGGAUCUUGAGAUGAUGUGCAGCAUAUCAACGAUUUUAGCUUGUAUCAAGCAUUUUCAUGCAGAGCAAAUGAAAUGUCAAAAUUGACAAUAUUUUUUGA